CAUUUGUAUCUUCAUUUACUAAAUCAGUUAAGCUCAGUUUAUAUAAACCUCCACCUGAGAGCCGUCCAGUCACAGGCCGCUGUUCGCUGUGAGCGCGCGCGCAUUACAUACACUCGCUUCAUUUGACAAAUACAAGAGCAACAGUAGCCUCCCUCCGUGACUGGAGAUGUGAGAGAGCAGCCGCCGCGCAUGACAGCAUCGCAGCGUCCAUCUGAGGCGAUACACAUAUGUUCGACCGAUUUAUUUCUCUGUCAAGGGCUUAUAAUAUGUGUAAAGCUGACGGUUCAGCCACCAGCCAGGAAGGAAGACGUGAUAGACGCAUCUACUCACUGACUGGGCAUCGCGUUUCGAAGACGAACGUGAGCUUCGGCCGUUUGGACAACAACCGAUUAUAUCCGAGACAGCCGCUGUCGUAGCUCUUUAAACCUGUGGGACACUGUCUUGCUGCCAAUUCCGUUUAUAGACACAUUUUUAUUGCGCUGUGCUGACAGACGCGUUUAUCAGUGUGUCAGUUUAGUGCGCUUGAUGCUUUGCAUGCAAACCCUUUCGUGAACUUAUCAGAUAAACACAGUUUUACCUCGUUCUUGUAUCGAAUGUUGUUUACUUUUUUGCAUUAUGUAGCUCCAGGCUUUUUACGAAGGUAAUCUAAAUGUUGUCUUGAACUAAUAAUGGUAGAUGAGGCUUAUGGAGAUAUCAUCACGGGCUGGAUGGCGUUCCACAUCCCCGCGCUGUCGUCCCCAAACCGGGUAAAGUGAACGGCAAGGCUUUAAAACCUUCUCACGUCAAACUGCACUGACACUUAAAGGCUAAACGAUGUCUAAAACGCUGAAGAGGAAGAAACACUGGUCCACUAAAGUGCAGGAGUGCGCUGUGUCGUGGGGAAGCGUUGGGGAGUUCGGUGAUGUUGUGGAGAUCCUCGGAGGCGCAGCGCUCGGGGAGUUUCCUUUCCUCGGUCAGAUGAACUUGGACGUGCUCGUGUGUCACGUCGGGAGACUACCGUACUACGGGGAUGUGUUAUUGGAAGUGAACGGGACACCUGUCAGCGGGCUGACGAACCGAGACACACACGCGGUGAUCCGCCACUUUCGGGAGCCGAUUCGAAUUAAGACCGUAAAACCAGGUAAAGUGCUGAAUGCUGAUUUGAGGCAUUAUCUUAGUCUGCAGUUCCAAAAAGGAUCAAUCGACCACAAACUGCAGCAAGUGAUUCGAGACAACCUGUACCUGCGCACUAUUCCAUGUACCACCCGGCUGCCCAGAGAUGGGGAGGUUCCAGGAGUGGACUAUAAUUUCAUCAGCGUGGGGGAUUUUCGGAUCCUUGAAGAGAGUGGAUUACUGCUGGAGAGCGGAACAUAUGAUGGGAACUUCUAUGGCACUCCCAAACCCCCUGCGGAGCCCAACUUGGUUCAGCCUGACCUGGUCGACCAGGUUUUGUUUGAGGAGGAUUAUGGCACCGAAGUCCAACGAAAGCGAACAACCUCUGUCAGCAAGAUGGACCGCAAGGACAGCGUGGUCCCUGAGGAAGAAGAGGAUGAGGAGCGGCCACAGCUCCCAAACGGCAUUCCAGAGAGGACAGAGGAGUGGAGGAAAGCUGUGCCCAGCUACACUCAGUCCAGUGGUGGAGGCAGCUCAGGUGGCAGCGGGACACUGGAAGUCCGCACCUGGAGCUCUUUAGCCAGAGACGAAAGCCUGGAGCCCCUGCCGUACAACUGGGAAAUGGCCUACACGGAGACGGGCAUGGUCUACUUUAUAGACCACAACACAAAAUCGACUACGUGGUUAGACCCUCGUCUGGUCAAAAAAGCCAAGCCCCCUGAAAAGUGUGAGGAUGGAGAACUUCCAUAUGGUUGGGAGGAGAUUGAUGACCCGCAGUACGGCACAUACUACGUUGAUCACAUAAACCAGAGAACCCAGUUUGAAAAUCCGGUUCUAGAGGCCAAGAGGAAACUCGGUUUGGACACUGCAGUCGCAACUCAGACCCAACAGAGGGCAGCACCUCCUCCAGGUGGAGCGGCUGGUACGCCCGGGUUCACGCGGGACCCGACCCAGCUGAAGGGGGAGCUGUAUCACUCGGCUCUCAGAAAGAGCCAGCAGGGCUUUGGUUUCACCAUCAUUGGUGGAGACCGACCUGAUGAGUUCCUGCAGGUGAAGAAUGUUCUUGCUGAUGGCCCGGCCGCCCAGGAUAACAAGAUGGCCUCUGGUGAUGUAAUUGUGGAAAUCAACGGCACACUUGUCUUGGGCAAGACCCAUGCCGAUGUGGUCCACAUGUUCCAGUGCAUCCCAAUAAAUCAGUAUGUUGACAUGGUCCUCUGUCGUGGAUACUCGCUUCCCCCCGACGUGGAUGCAGACAGUGAAGACCUUCCCCCUCCACCUCCACCUCCAUCAGGAGAGAUCGUAACCGCCGUACCCCUCAUCAACGGCCAGCCUCUGCUGGUCAAAGGUGACGCCCUUCACGGCUCCUCCCAGGAGCUUCACUACGUAACCACAGAUGCCAGUGGGCGGCAGGUGGUCGCUGCUCUUCCAGGAGGCAGCAGCAGCAGUGCAGAGACGGGGAUGCUGCAGCCGGAGCUGGUGAGCGUGCCAAUCGUGAAGGGACCUGGAGGAUUUGGCUUCGCCAUUGCAGACUGUCCUCUGGGGCAGAAGGUGAAAAUGAUCCUGGAUGAGCAGUGGUGCCGAGGCCUGUUGAAAGGAGACGUGAUAAAAGAGAUUAACAGGCAGAACGUGCAAACGCUGAGUCAUGCCCAGGUGGUGGAUAUACUGAAGGACCUCCCGGUGGGCAGCGAGGUGAAUCUGUUAGUGUUGAGAGGAGGUCAGACGUCGCCUGUGAAGAGUUUAAGACCUAGACCGGGGUUGAGUGCCAGCACUGAGACUCUGGACCGUUGCCAUGACAUCAUGGUUCCCCAGGCUUUGACCUAUCACUCAAACACACUGCCAUGCAGCUCUCCAAAACAAGACGCUUCCCUCCACUACAGCAAACCCAAAGCCUUGCCGGAGAGCAUAGCACCUCACUAUAAAGAGUUGGACGUGUUCAUCAAGAGAGAUCAGGAGACAGGUUUUGGCUUCCGUGUGCUUGGAGGAGAAGGUGCAGAACAACCAGUCUACAUUGGUGCCAUCAUUCCCCAGGGGGCGGCAGAGAAGGAAGGGCGUCUGAGGGCUGGAGACGAGCUCAUUGGUAUCGAUGGCAUCACUGUGAAGGGGAAAUCUCACAAACAAGUUCUGGAUCUGAUGACUAACGCAGCACGAAAUGGACAAGUGCUGCUUUCAGUGCGCAGGAAGGUCAUUUACAGAGAUGCCCUGGAGGAUGUUGGGAGCGGAGCGUUGACCCUUGUGAAUGGCUCACCUCGGCUUCCACGGAUCCAGGUGCCAAGCAUCAAGGACCAGGGGUCGUUUGAUAUCACGCUCCAUCGUAAAGAUAACGAGGGCUUUGGCUUUGUCAUUCUCACAUCGAAGAGCAAACCGCCACCUGGAGUGAUUCCUCAUAAGAUCGGUCGAAUAAUCGAGGGCAGUCCGACGGACCGCUGCGGACUGCUGAAUGUGGGUGACCGCAUUUCCGCUGUGAACAGCCAGUCCAUUGUGGAGCUCUCUCACAAUGACAUUGUUCAGCUCAUCAAAGACGCGGGGAGCUCCGUCACACUCACCGUGGUUCCUGAGGAUGAGUACAAAGGCCCGCCCUCAGGAGCCAGCUCAGCCAAACAAAGUCCAGCACCGCAGCACAAGUUUCUCAAAUCCACUCAGGAUGAGAGAUAUAAUUUGGAUAUGGAUGAGAUCAGGGAUGAGCUCAUACGGACAGAGUAUAAAGCUCUUCCCAUGAGUGAACAGGGAGCGCUGUGUGUUGCCAACUCCAAACAGGGCUGUAUUGCAGUAGAGUUGGAGCGUGGACCUCGUGGUUUUGGCUUCAGUCUGAGAGGAGGAACGGAGUAUAACAUGGGCCUCUACAUCCUGCGGCUGGCUGAGGACGGCCCUGCUCUCCAGGACAGCAGGAUACAUGUAGGAGAUCAGGUAGUGGAGAUCAAUGGAGAACAAACGCAAGGCAUUAGUCACACCAGAGCCAUUGAGCUGAUCCAAGCUGGAGGAAACAAAGUGCUACUGUUACUGCGACCGCAAGCCCUCUUAUCAGAGAACAGUUCUGCAGAAGAUGUUAUCCUUCCUGAGCCACUGGGAUCCAACACUUUCAGCAUUCCUCUCAGUUAUCCUCUCCUUCAUCUGCCAUCCACCACAGCGAAGAAGGAAACGUCAGACCUGAUGAACUCCUUUGCCCGUUCUCACGGCUCCUCGGAUCUGGCCUGUGAGGAACCUCGCUCUAAAGACAGCAAGAGGGAGAAGCGUGCCAAACCACCAAACACCAGCUCUUCCAGAGUCCCGCCGCAACGGCGCAUCAAGAGUCAGUCUGCGGAGAAUCUCCUUGAUCUCGGAGAUGCAAUGAAAUCCAAAAGCCCAUCCAAAGACAAAGCUUGCACCCACAAAGAAAAUCAGCAACAGAGCGCUCGAGACUCCCACAAGAACAGAAAGUCCUGCCAACAUAGUCGCUCAGUCAGUCCCCAGAAGUCAAAGCGUGAAGGACAGCAAGUGGUAAUUGGCGAAGCGCAGGGACGGAAAGAGGAACACCGCGUGAAAGGGACGGUGAGGGUGGACCAGAAGAAAACUGACGCUGAAAGAAGGAAAAAACAAGAAUCUAGAGGAAGGAAACAUAAUGAGACCCAAGAAGGGGAGGGGAAGUGGAGAGCUGAGAAAAUAGUGAUAAACAAUGGAGAGGAUGAAGUGCUUGAGCCAAAAGCGAAAUCGGAGCUCAAAAGCACCCGAAAGAAGAAAAAACUGAGAGAUAGAGACGUGCGAAAUGAGGACACCCACAUAUUGAGCAGAGGAGGAGACAAGAGGAGCAGACAAACAAAGGAUAAGGGGGAUCAUACGGAAGUAAACAGGAAGGAAAUGAUUACAGAUAAGAACGAAAGCAAAAGAAAAGGAAAUGAGAGCGAAGACACCACGGAUGGGGUUCCAGUCACCACCAGGGCGAAUCUAGUAUUAGACCACCCUGGUCCCUUGAGCGACGGCCUUUGGAAGAUCCCUAGUUUUGCUCGUAUCCUCACGCACGAGGAAGCAAUGCGAGAUGUUUGCGAAUAGUUUGGCGAUCCUUGGGAAUAGAAGGUUUAAGGCCAGAAACAAACAGUACGCAAGUACGUGAAUGCAAACGCUUCUAGCUAGGGGUGCUCCGAUCACGAUCGGCCGAUCGUUAUGCGCAUCUCGUCAGUAAAGCC